CUCAAGUAAGAUUGAGGCUGUUGCCAAGAGCCAGGUGCCUGUUUGAUGAAACCAUUAAGGUGAAGGUGGAAGGGUUGAGGUCCAGACAGGUGGUCACCAUGAGAGCCAGAUUAACUGACGAGAAGGGAGUGGUGUUCAGCUCCUCGGCUACCUACAGGGCUGAUGGCAGUGGGGAGGUCGACCUGAACAGAGAUCCCUCACUUGGCGGGACAUACGUUGGAGUAGAACCUAUGGGUCUCCUGUGGUCCAUGAGGCCAGACACCAUGCACAAAAGGUUUCAAAAGACAAAGUCUCUGGAGCCCCAGUUGGUGAAUUUUUCUGUGCAUGAGGAGGAAGGCAGGAUACUGGCAGAAGAGACAAAUGAGAGGCUUCUGAUUGGAGAUGGGGUCAGUCGGGUCCCUGUCAAAGAGGGGAGGAUUAGUGGAAUCCUGUUCACUCCUCCAGGCACUGCAGAUUAUGCCCAGCCACGUUUCUCAGGUGUUCCCAGUCGUCCAGUCAUUAUCCUGUUUAAGCCCUCAGUUUCCUUGACACAUCAUCAUUCUUCAGGAGAAGGUCCAUUUCCUGCCAUCUUGGAUAUGUCUACCUUGAGAUCUGAGAGAAGAGCCAGUCUACUGGCUAACAAAGGCUUUGUGGUCCUCACUAUAAGUCUGGUUGAAGGCAAAUUUGAAAGUUUUGAUAAUGUGAGAACGUUUCAUCUGGACCACUUUAAGGAAGCAAUAGAUUUCUUAAAACAGCAAUCUAAGGUGUCGACGCCGCAGUAUGGAUCAAUGGCUGCUGUGCCUAUGUGGGCAUUCCUCUCUGUCACAAGAAACAGAAGAUUCUCUCACCAUUAAUGUAUGACUUCACUGGAGAGGAUGACCAAAGUUGGGACAGCAAGGCCUUCUUGGACCAGAUGGUGGAGAGACUGAAGCGUCAUGGAAAGAAGAACUUUGAGAGUGUGUCUUAUCCUCAAGCUGGACACUUGCUGGAGCCACCUUAUGGACCCUUCUGCUCUUCUUGUGCACAAGGAAUUUUUACUUUUAUAUGCUUGUGGGGAGGUGAACCCAAGGUACAUGCAGCAGCUGAGGUCCACCUGUGGAAGAAGAUCCAGGAGUUCUUCAGAACUCACCUGAGUUGUGAUGCUGCACAGACUGAAGCCAAAGUCUAGUUAUAAAUACAGCAUCAUUAGAAAGCUUGAGUAACAGAAAAAAUAAAUCAUGACUGCUUCUUAACUAUAGAAAAAUCACAACUCUUUAACGUCCUGUAAUUAGCAUAUUUUAUAAAACUUUUUGGUGACUAUCUUGUUGCAUUGUCUGGCCAUUUGUCUCAACACAUUUCUCUUUGUUAUCUGGUGAAUCAUUUGAAUGCUGAAAGGAAAGGCAGAGAUAUGUAACAAAAAAAUAUUAAGAGGAAGAAAGUGUUCUGACCUCAUAGUCUGGUAACCGAUCUGGUGUUGGAUAUUUAUGUUAUAAGCAUUUGUUUGACAUAAGUGGGAAGUAGAGUAUCCACAGAGAACCCACAGAGGCACAGGGAGAACAUCCAAGCUGCACAAACAGUAGGAAUGUACGUGAUAGUGAAUAUUUUGUUCCUCCAAUUUGCAUGUGUUCCAUUUUGCUGGCCUUGGACUGUAUGUUUUAUCCCUUCUCCAAGUGGGACACUGGACUGUUUUAUCCCUCCAGUU